GUCCGUCCAGCGCGCAUCGCAGGCGGCUGCCGCAUUCCGCCAGGUUCCCGCGACGCGCCUCGACUCCCUCUCUCCAUUCCCACGCAUGCACCCUCCGCUUCGGCCGUGAGCCUUACGCGCCUCUCCGACCCCGCCAUGUCCUCGGCCGUCACGGAGACGGAGGAGUCGGCGCACAGCUCCCCGCUGACCCCGCUGAAGCUGGUCGGGCUGGUGUGCGUGUUCUUGGCGCUCUGCUUGGACGUGGGAGCCGUGAUGAGUCCGGCGUGGGUGACCGCCGACGACCAGUACUACCUGUCUCUGUGGGAGUCCUGCUGGAAGCCGGGGAGCUUUGAGAAGUGGGAGUGCAACAGCACACUGGACAAAGACUGGCAGGUUGCCACACUGGCCUUGUUGCUAGGGGGCGGAGCCUUGGUGUUGAUGUCAUUCCUAGUCGCUUUGGUUGCCGUGUGCAUCGGCACAAGACGGCGGUUCUACGCUCUCGUUGCCUUCAUGCUCUUCGCCGCAGUUGUCCUCCAGGCCUGCAGCUUGGUCCUCUUCCCCAUCAAGUUCAUCGAGAGUAUCAACCUGAGGAUCUAUCAUGAAUUCAACUGGGGCUACGGGCUGGCUUGGGGAGGGACCAUCUUUUCCUUUGGUGGGGGAGUCCUCUACUGCCUCAACCCAAAGAGCUAUGAGGAUUACUACUAACUCCAAUAACAGCUGGGAACUUCACAGCUACAUUGUGGCAAAGAAGUAAAGAUGGGGGUGGAGGGGUUAUGUUUUUUUUAACACCUGAUUUCCCAGGAUGUGCUGGAAGUAAUGAACAUCAGAUUUGAGUGCCCCAAGCUUUGACCGUUGGAAUUAAAGCCGAUUGUCAAGAUGUUAUCUUUUUUUGCCUCUGUCAAAAUAAUUUUUGAUGCGGACUCAUCAUCUUGGCAGACUUCUGUUACAGCCUUCAGAAAACCUGUUGACCAUAGUCUCAACAACUCUCCCUCUGUUCUUGGUUCCACAAACCCAAGUUUGUGACUCUGUUAAUUAGAAAAUUGUUGCAUGUUCUUUGGCUGGGUCCCUUCGAAUUUCUUCACCUCGGUUUCCAGCUCCGUUGUCAAAACCUACGGCUUGGUUAGACGUGGAAGCCGUUUUGUUUUUCAGAGUCCUUUGGAGUCCCUAGGGAUCCGCAAGGGUGUGGAAGCGGAUCACAUCCUCAUAACUUUUCAACAGACAGACUCUUCCUGGAGGAAGGUGAGGGCAGGAAUAAUAAAAAAAAAAAAACGUAAGACACCCACUCAAUAUUCCGUUAUCGACCCACUUGUCUGUUACCACGGCAACCCACGGGGAGUGCACAUGCAGCUGUCAUGAUUGAUUACCCACGGUCGGGGAUUGUAAGACAGUACGGCCCUCCGAGGCCUCAAAGCAUCUUCGAUUGCCAAUUGAACGGAGUUUCUCCAGCCACCUGUCAUUUGGUGUACGGUUUCGCCCUCUGGUAAUUCUCUCUGUGAUAAAGGAGUGUUGUCAGCCCGUCAGUAGUCAGGUUUACAUGCACAACGGCCAUGAGAUAAAGGAGGAUUGUUCUGAAUGGAAUCUUGUAAUUAUGCACUCAUCUGAUUGAGAUUCCUCGGGGUGUUCAUGUCUUGUCUCGUUUCCUGGCUGCUUUUGGUGAAAUUGCUCGGCCUUCUUGGGGGUGAUAAAGGAUGGUGUGGUUCAGUCUGAUGUAAAAACAAUAUCUCACACAAAAAUCACAUAGGUACCUUUAAAUGAAUUCAAACGGGUGCAGAGAAAGGGUAAAUGUUCAAUCUUGACUCUUUAGAGAGGGCAGUUAAUUGGAGAUCAUUCAACUUUUCUUGUACUAAGUAAUAGUUUUAUCAUGGUUCCACAUAGUAUUCAAGAAUUUACUCAACAGUACUCCAUUUGUGCCUUUCUGCAAGUCAUCAACACAUUAGGCUGUAUUCAGUAUAUGUGAUCAAGCAAAGCAGUAGUGGCAAGACCUGCACUUCUACAUUUUUGCUAUAAUCCAUUUGAGCUUGUAAGUUGGGUGUUCUGUGUUCCCAGAAGAAAAAAAAAAUAUAUGCUUAACUCUGAAAUAGCUACGCUACGGGUGGAAGAUAUUGGCUUUAAUGGGAAACUUAAUUUUUGUCAGUAUCCUGUGCCUUGCAUUGCAGAAAGCCACUGCUACUUCUUAGCUAGCCUCUCAGUUUAAAACAAAAUGCUAGCAGAAUUUUCCAGAUCACCGUAUCUAAUAACUCCUUAUAACCUGGAUCUGCAGUAAACACAGUCACAUUCUACACGUCAGCUGUGAUAAUGCACAAUGCAAAUAUGUUGCUACAUACAACAUAUUUGAACAAAUGAACGAAAAGCUCUAUCCGUUGGUGUAUGUAACCAUGGCUACUGACAUAUAAGUCGCUCCCAGUCAUAAAUUCAAACUAUUUUCAUGGACCAAACUGUUCUUCUCUUGUCAACUGUAAAUGUCAGGAACCUAUGCAUCACUCAAUAUGUAGUUUCUGGUUGAAGACGUUCUGGGAUGUGCUGAGUUGCACAGAGGAAGAAAAUGUCACAAUUAAUUGAUCUAAGAAAUGGUAAAAAAGAAGUAAGUCUGGUAUUUUACUUCAACACUCUAUUGCAUUUCAGAAAAGAUUAGCUGACAAUUCUGUUUUCCCUGCCACAUAAUCAUGGCCUGACAUUUUUAUCCAGAUUGUGUCAUAUUUAGAUUUUUUUAAUAUGUUAUUCCUCUGCAAUAUUAAAAUUAGUUAAAUAUUAAAGUGUGACAAAAAAGCAAGCUUUAUAGAGGCAGAUAAUUUUUUAUGUAUUGCUGUUUAGUUUUUCAGAGGUGCCAUCAUUUUUUUUUUAUUUAUAUUGAUUACUUUAAGGGUUCCACUAUAAUUCCUAAGUCAGUAUUUUUUUAAGAAUUUAUCAGCUAUUUUCAAAGUGUCUUUUUUUUACCCUACAUUCUGUUUCCUGGAUAACUUUCCUCUUCUUGGGAACUCAUUUUUCCGCCCCACUCUCCAGGUGUGUAGGGAUUUGAAUGCAAAGCAGUUCUCCUGUGGAUAUUUGGAGAUUCAAGCAGCGUCUUUCAUUCGCUGUCCUUCCAUUGUCACAUAUUUACCGCGGAGCGCUGUCAUGCAACCGUCAUCCCAAAAUAGGAUCCAGGGCGACUCCCCAGCCACCAGAAACAAAUGAAGGACUUGGACGGCGGCCACCCGCUUCAGGGAAAUGACAGAAGUCCGUUUAUUUCACGUCGACAAGCAUAGCAAUGAAGGUUUGUACAUCAUACUAAGAAUUUAUGUUGUCUUUUUGACACAUUAAGCUUCUUAUUACUGUUCUGUGCUUUUCUCCUAUUGUCAUUUUGGCACCGCUUAGAUUAUGUUUGCUGCAUUUUCCAAAACUAAAACUCUUUUCUGUUUCGUCUUUGUGUCCAAAGCAGCAAGAUUUUUUUUUUUUUUUUAUGCGACACCUUUUUGGAUUUUAUUUUAUUUUUUUAAAACAGAUUUUCCAUCUGGUUUCAUCUGGUUUUGCCAGCAGAUCCUAAGCAUGGCUAAAGCAGUUCCAGGCUAAAGGCUCCUAUAUCCAAUCAGAAAAAACUCUUGUACUUUCUGACAAAGAAAGCCAGAGUGUUCCUCACUUUGCAUAUUUUAAUAAUCUCAGGAUAGCCAGUCCACACAUAUACAUCACACAGGUUUUUUUCUUUUAAAUCCACUUUAAAAGAGUCUUCAGAAAUCCUUUUGUUCAUUGUAGAACCUCUCAAAAUUUGGCUAGUCUUGUAUUUUGACUUGUAAUUUUUGUUUUAAUAUCAACCCCUUUGCAAAGAAAAACUGCUUCUAUAAAAUCAGCUCACUUUGAGUGAAAAAACCCCCAAACAUUUAAUCCAAUUAGUAAUUUACUGUUCCACCAACCAAAGUCACUCUCAUUCCUCCCAGUAAUUGACAGAAUAAAUAGCUACUUAACAAUAAUGACUCAACUCAUUAAUUAAAGAAUGUAAAUGUAAAGUGAAUUAGAAACAUGGAAAAAGUAGUGUAAAUAUAAUGCAGUGUGGUUACACUGAACAGCGAACUGCAACAUUUACCAAAAUAUAUGUUAAAACAUUAAAAUCACGUGAUUUUAUGUCUUGCUCUUUUCUGACCACUUCGAUUGAGCUGCAAACAAAAGAAAAUGGGAUUAAUUUCAGUUUACUUGUAUCACGACAGCUCAAAGCAAAAGUUAUGUCAAGGCACUUUACAAGAAAAAAAAAUGCAUCAACUGAUUUUAAAAUGUGCAAAAACACACAAUAAAUAAACACACUCCAAAACAACCCAAUCGUAACAUUUUCUUUUGGUUUUGGUUACAUUUUAGCCUAGAGCUGCUUUAUUCAUGCUGUGGAUUUCGUCCAAUCUGGACAAUUAUCGCCACCUGGUGGCACAGCAUAGCUACUGCAGUGACUUUGACUGGAAUCUCACAUGGUAUUGUUUCAAAAGGAGAUUUUGUUUUGGUUAUUUUGUACCGCCUUUCUAUUUUUAUGUCUUAUAGACGAUCACCAUUUCUUAUUUCAUGACAAUUUUCCUAAUUUGUCUCAUCUCAGGUGGUCUAAGGGGGACACAUCUGAUGGAUUUAUUUAGAUUACAGCCAUCACUUUGCUUACGAUUGUGCCAUUUAAGCUUUAUCGGGGCGUUUUGCUGACUAUGGAUGUUUUCGUGAAGCAGCUACACUUUAUCAGAGCCGGGAGUUAAAAUAAGCACGCAUGUUUCAAUGAUGGUUUAAUAAAAGCUAGACGUGAGAAGAUACACUGAUGCUUAUUAAGACACACAAAAAAUACUCUAUAAAAGGUUCAAUCCCACAACAAAGACUUGCUGAACUAUUUUCAAACUCAGGCAGUUGCUUGUUGAGAUUGUUCACCCUGGAUUUGAAGCAGAUUAAAGUACUCUAUUAAAGAAAUGCAGCGUUUCUUUAAUAAAUCAGAUCAGACUGGGUCAGUUUGAGUGCAAUUGGAUUUUUUUUUAUUUUUUUAAAAGAACAAAAAAAAUAUUUACAAGAUCCUUCCUGCACCCGGACGAUGCUUCUUUCGUUUCCUAUCCCUUUGUACGUUUUAGCCGAGGUCUGACUUAGCCGUGACUGUUAGCAUUUGUUUGCUUAGUAACAAACUUAAUGAAAAGUAGAGGCUUGUAAACAGAAACAGCUCCUUUUUUUAUAUAUAUACUUCCUCUCCCAGUAGACUGGGAGGGGCAACACUGUCUAAUGAUGUGCGUAGGGAUUUAGUGUGGAUGAUUGCACAAAUGUACAAGUAUGCGUGGCAGGCAGAAGAAGAAGGAAAAAAAGAGUCUUAUUUGUGCAUGUGUAUUGGCAUGUUUUAGAUGCCGUCGUAGAGAUGUCACUAAUCAGCAUUUAUCUCUUUGUACACAUUAAAGCACUGAACUGAGA